AAUUCUUAAAAAAAAGCCUAUAGGCCCAACACGAGUUAAAUUCAUGGGCUUUAAUGGCAAUCCUGUAAGUAUAGCCAAAAGCAGGCAUUUUCUUAAACCUGAAAAACCUAAAUAGAAUCAAAGCAACUUAAGUAAAAAGUAAAGACCGAAUAAUACGUUGAGGCUCUGUUUCUUGCCCAAUCUUUUCAUAUACACAAGUCAAUGAGUCGUCACAUGCAUUAAUUAAUAUAGACAAGUCUAGAGGAUCCAUUUCUAGGAAAUUAAUAUAUAAAUGUAUUGACUUUCAAAAGAAAAUUUCCAGGAUCAUUCAUUCAAUUUUAUCAAUCUUCAGUAUCUUUCCUUAUAUAUAAAACUAGUGUACGUCUAGAUUAGUCGUCAUGAACAUAUAUAGUACUAAUCAGUCAUUACUCAUAAAAAUGGCAGCCUCCUCCCUUUCCAUUUCCAAUAUGUCAAUAGUAGCAUGGGCAAUCUGGAUCUUUUUAUGCGGAAAGUGUUUGGAUAAUGCACUUCAUCAUCUUGUUAAUGUUGCUGCAGCAUCUGGAUCAAUAUCUAACCUUCAACUUGAACAAGCCAAGGCUUUGCAGGAGUCUGGGUGGUGGCCGUCCAGUAGUAGUAAUUCAAGUGCUUGCGACUGGGAUGGUAUUACUUGCAAUGAUGGAGGAAGUGUCACAAACAUCGAUAGAUUUUAUCAAAGUUUGAAAGGCCAGUUGAAACUCAACUUCUCUUUUUUUCCAAAUUUAGUUAGUCUUGAUCUUCAUGGAAACAACCUUCAUGGGCUUAUCCCACUUGAGAUAGGGAUGCUGAAAUAUCUUACCUAUUUAUCCCUUUCAAAGAACAUGCUCGUCGGUCCAAUCCCUUCCACAAUUAGUCAUUUAACUAAUUUGGAAUAUUUAUAUCUUGGUGAAAAUAAAAUCAAUGGAUCCAUUCCCCUCGAAAUAGGGAUGCUGAAAAAUUUGACCAUUUUAGCCCUCUAUUCAAACAUGCUCAUCGGUCCAAUCCCUUCCACAAUUGGUCAUUUAACUAAUUUGAAAUAUUUAUACCUUUAUCAAAAUAAAAUCAAUGGAUCGAUUCCUCUCGAAAUAGGGAUGCUGAAAAUUCUGUCAUCUUUAUCCCUUUAUUCGAACAUGCUCGUCGGUCCAAUCCCUUCUAUAGUUGGUCAUUUAACUAAUUUGGAAUCUUUCAACCUUGGUUGGAAUAAAAUCAAUGGAUCCAUUCCCCCCGAAAUAGGGCUGCUGAAAAAUCUGUUCUCUUUAUCCAUUUAUUCAAACAUGCUCGUCGGUCCAAUCCCUUCCACAAUUGGUCAUUUAACUAAUUUGAAAUCUUUGAUCCUUGGUAAAAAUCAAAUCAAUGGAUCCAUUCCCUCCGAAAUAGGGAUGCUAAAAAAUCUGACCUAUUUAUCCCUUUGUUCGAACAUGCUCGUCGGUCCAAUCCCUACCACUCUGAGCCAUUUAACUAUUUUGGAAUAUUUGGACAUUGGUCUAAAUAAAAUCAAUGGAUCCAUUCCACCCGAAAUAGGGAUGCUGACAAAUCUAACCACCUUAGACCUUCAUUCGAUCAUGCUCAUUGGUCCAAUCCCUUCCACAGUUGGUCAUUUAACUAAUUUGGAAUAUUUGGACCUUAGUCGGAAUAAAAUCAAUGGAUCAAUUCCUCCCGAAAUAGGGAUGCUGAAAAAUCUGACCAGUUUAUCCCUUUCAUCGAACAUGCUCGUCGGUCCAAUCCCUUCCACAAUUGGUCAUUUAACUAAUUUGAAAUCUUUCUACCUUGGUCAGAAUAAAAUCAAUGGAUCCAUUCCUCUUGAAAUAGGGAUGCUGAAAAAUCUGACCACUUUAAACCUUCAUUCGAACAUGCUCAUUGGUCAAAUCCCUUCCACAAUUGGCAAUUUAACUAAUUUGAAAUAUUUGGACCUUAGUCGGAAUAAAAUAAGUGGAUCAAUUCCUCCCGAAAUAGGGAUGCUAAACGAUUUGAACUCUUUAUCCCUUGGUUCGAACAUGCUCGUCGGUCCAAUCCCAACCACUCUGGGUCAUUUAACUAAUUUGGAAUCUUUGGACCUUAGUCGGAAUAAAAUCAAUGGAUCCAUUCCUCCCGAAAUAGGGAUGCUAAAUAAUCUAACCUAUGUUAACCUUUGCCAUAACUUUAUUAGUGGAGAAAUAUCUACGGCACAUGGGAUCAUUGGCAAUAGGGAUUUAUGUGGUCAAUUCAAGAUUUUCCCUCCACGUCUCAAAAGCAAAAAAUCAAUCAUAACCAAAAUAGAAAUUUUUGCUCCCAUCACCACUUUCCUUGCAUUCGUAGUUAUUGGGGGUAUUCUCUUCUCUCGUUGUGUGUUCAAGAAAAAUCAGAUUGAGUCUAGGGGAUCAAAGAAUGGGAACAUAUUCUCGAUAUGGAAUUAUGAUGGACAUAUUGCAUAUGAAGACAUCAUUGAAGCAACCGAAGAUUUUGACAUUAGAUAUUGCAUUGGAAAUGGUGGUUAUGGUAGCGUUUACAAAGCAGAAUUACCAAGCGGAAAUGUGGUUGCCUUAAAGAAACUUCAUCAGGGAGAGGUUGAGAAUCCAGUUUUCUGUAAUAGUUUUGAAAAUGAGGUGAGGAUGUUAACAGAGAUUCGACAUCGAAAUAUUGUGAAGCUGCAUGGAUUUUGUGUACAUAAAAGAUGUAGAUUUUUAAUUUAUGAGUACAUGGAAAGGGGAAGCCUAUUUUGUGUCCUAAGAAAUGUUGAUGAAGCUAUGGAACUGGAUUGGAGCAAGAGGGUAAACAUCAUUAAAGGCACAGCAUGUGCCUUGUCUUACAUGCAUCAUGAAUGCAUCCCAGCAAUUGUUCAUAGAGAUAUAUCAACCAACAACAUUUUGUUGAAUUCUGAAUUGCAAGCUUUUAUCUCUGACUUUGGAAUUGCUAAACUUCUUGAUCCUGACUCCUCCAAUCAAACAUUGGUUGCUGGCACUUAUGGUUACAUUGCCCCAGAGUUUGCCUACACAAUGACAGUUACUGAAAAAUGUGAUGUAUAUAGCUUUGGAGUGGUGGCACUAGAAGUACUAAUGGGAAGGCAUCCAGAAGAACUCUUGUCCUCAUUAUCAUCAUCAUCGUCUCAAAACAUGAUGCUAAAUGAAAUAUUAGACCAACGCUUGCCACCUCCAAAUUGUCUAAUUGGACAUGAUAUUUUGCUCAUUGCUACAAUAGCAUUUGCAUGCCUUCACACUCAACCAAAGUCUCGGCCUACAAUGAAAUGUGUGUUACAAGAAUUUCUCUCUCACAAAGAGCCGAAUGUCAUACCCUUGACUACGGUUUCACUCCCGCAAUUGAGGAAACACGUAACAUAUAUGGCUGGAUCAGGAUUUGCUUAUUGUUAGGGUGUUUUGUGUGUUGUCAAUGUGUCGUUUACAUUUCUCAGUCCUUUUUCAAGAAAAAUAUUAUUUGUAAGCAUUCAAAAUCACCUCAUAAACUUGAAGUACUCACUUUUCAAGGUUGGAAGCAGUUGAAAUAGAAUGGGGCCGGUGUGUUUGUAUGA